UGAAAUCAGCCGUUUAGUUCGAUUUGCAAAAUAUCGUUAAAAAAAUAACAUAUGUAUUGCAAGUUAGCAGUUCUUUCAUUUAUAACUUUUCAGUUAUUAAUUUAUUUGCCUGUUAAGUUCCUUAUCAGCGUGAUUAUUAUGAGUUUGAGAGACGACGAACCAUGCAGUGAUGAUGAAGUAUUCUACGGAAAGUUAAGUCUCAGAGAACUAAAACGAAUGUUUAUUAGCAACCAAAAUCGGCAAACUAUAGCCGCUAACGAACACCUUGAGAAUGAUAAUAUUGAUAAUCAUAAUAUGAGCCUAAAACUUAUAUCAACUCACUCGGAACCUGAUAUUACAUCGAGGCAUAAUCGUGACACAUCACCAGAAAUCAUUCCAAAAUCACUGUCGAACACAACAUUAUCCCCUGACGAACCGAACUUAUUCGCGAACUGGGACGUCACAAACAGCUUCUUAAAUUUAGAAAAAAUGGUAGAAAAAUCAUGUGAUACCUCAAGUAAGGAGUUUGAUAAUACCCUUGAGGAAAUAGAAUACAUAUUGAAAAAUACACCCAAAUCAGAGAAGAAAAAUACAGCCAGUAAUGCUUACAAAGAAGCAGAAUUGGAGGGAAAUCAAAUUCCUAUCCAAGUGAAUAAAGAAAAAGUAACUUUGAAUACAAAACCCUCAGCUGUAGUAACCCCUAUGAAACAAGUACAGAAAGAAGUAUUUGCUACCCCAUCAUCUGUGCUACAAACAAAACCCACCUUAUGUAGAACACCAGCCAACCCUCCUUUAUUCAAGAAGCCAUCCACAUCAUCAGUAAAAAAAACUCCCAGCAAAAACAAUGCAUUUCAACAUGUAGCUAGUCCGGUGGCAUAUUACAUCAACAAUAGCCCACAAGUUCCAUUGAUACAGAAUGUGCACCCUAAGAAAACUUUACCAGGUCUAUCAUCGAUUCCAAAGCUUGUGAAGAGUUCCGUCAACAAGCCGAGUAAUAAAGAGAAUGUCAAUCUUCCUUCUGUUGCAUAUAAAAGUGCAAAGAAAACUACAGUGAUUGAUGUUUCAAAUGCACCCAAGAUGCCACAAAGUCAAUGGGCAAAGAAAUUGACUAGAUCACUGCCAAGGCCCGCAGUGAUGAAACACACACACAGAGAGAAAUACUUCUUCAAUAAACAAUUACUACAGAAGCCAGAAGACAGUUUUGGUGACUUGUCACUCCAUCAAGCUGAUAUAUCAGUUUGUACUAAGAAAGCUGCUUUCUAAGCCUGGAACCUAUGUAUUAUGUUUC